CUGCGUCUCAAGGCCAUUUUCAAAUUUCAUUGGUGAGCUUGUCAUGUGGUAGAGAGGCAUCCUGAGCAACACGGAGAUUGUUGUGCUAGAUAUGUCAGCCUACAAAGGACAUCUCUCUCCUUUUUAAAACUUCUCCAAAAAUGUCCUUUCCCAACAGCUCUCCUGCUGCAAAUACGUUUUUAGUUGAUUCGUUGAUUGGCGCUUGCAGAACAGACAGCUUUUACUCCAGCAGCAACAUGUACAUGCCGUCCGGUGCAGAAAUGGGAACUUAUGGAAUGCAAACCUGUGGACUCCUGCCGUCUCUCGGUAAACGAGGGGACGUCAACCACCAAAAUAUGGGCAUGAAUGUCCACUCUUACAUACCUCAAAUUGAUAACUGGACAGAUCCGAAUAGAUCUUGCAGAAUAGAGCAACCAUCCAACCAGAUGCCCAAUUGCACAUUUUCACAAAACAUUAAGGAGGAGAGUAACUACUGCAUGUAUUCAGACAAGAUAGCAAAGGUCAACUCGUCCGAUGUCCCUGUAUAUUCUAAUAUAAUCCCCGAAUCGUGUUCAGUUGAUGGCCCCGAGAUCCCUGUUCCGGGCUAUUUCAGACUGAGCCAAACUUACGCGAGUGGGAAACACCAGGACUAUGGCCACGAGAUGACGAGUCCAAACACCACAUUGAUGCAGCUCAACAGAAUUACUCCCAAACCGCAGUUGUCUUCCUUUGUCGAAGUGGAAAAGAAAACAGCUGAUAUACCGCAUAACCGGGAGAUAAGCAGGACACCCAUCCCCGCGGAAAGCCCGGAUCCAAAGUCGAGCGCGCAGGAGGAGAAGAAUUGCUCCACUGAAGCUUCAGUCUCCAGCCCAGAGUUGCCAAAGAAGGAAGCGAAAGACAACAAAACUGACCCUCCAACGAGCAAUUGGUUGACUGCAAAAAGCGGGAGGAAGAAAAGAUGCCCUUACACAAAGCACCAGACGCUGGAAUUGGAAAAGGAGUUUUUAUUCAACAUGUACCUGACUCGAGAGCGCCGUCUAGAGAUCAGUAAAGGCGUCAACCUCACCGACAGGCAAGUCAAGAUCUGGUUUCAAAACCGCAGGAUGAAGCUCAAGAAAAUGAGCAGGGAAAACCGAAUUCGGGAACUUACCUCAAAUCUCACCUUUUCGUGAGCAUGCUUACAAAUGCUUGUUUAAUUGUCCCUUUCCUCUCUCUUCAAAGUAGUGCUGUGGCAGCAUUGGACUUGUUUUUUGUUGUUGUUUUUUUCACUGAAACUGUGACUGUAUUUGCUAUUUUUGUCUCAUUUACAUUGUGACGCAUUGUGUAUUUUGAAUGUUUCAUCACAGGGUACAUACAGGAGGCUAGGUCUUAAAUUAUUACAAUAUAGUAGGUAUUCAUUAUUGGACUGUUUGGUUUGAUUCAGUCUAAGGAAGUCACAGUGACUUGUUUGUAAAUAAUUUUUUUUCAGACAUGAAAGCACAUUAAUAGUGGUUGAAUAGUUAAACGUUCGUUUAAGAGUUAAGCGCAAACCGUCAGCUGAAUCGUAAGUAAUCUUAUAAACGUUUCUGUAUUAUAAAUGUGGUGAGCAAUGUAAAUGAGUGUACAUCUUAUGCAUGUUUGUGGCAUGUA